GUUAUUGUACAGAUAUUUUAUUCAUAAUAAUAAAUUAUUCACCUCACCAGAAUGAAGAGCUCGUUAUUAGUGAUUGUACUUUUUAAUAUUUUAUGUUCCAUUUGCUACAGAAGUGUUAACUGUUUGCUUUGCAACAUGACUGGCUCGAAAAUCACCUGCCAAAAUGUAACCAUAGGAGACGGUCCUUUGGAUAACAUAACAGUUAUAAUAACCCCGCUGGACGUAGUCGAAGUGAACAUAAUCAACUCGUCCUUGCCGAGCAUAGCCAACUGGACGUUCUCGAAGUUCAAAUACCUGCGCACGUUGAACGUGCGCAACUCCCGCUUAACCGGCAUAUCCGAGGGGGCCUUUUCCAGCCUGGAUAAUCUGCAAAACUUGUAUCUAUCGGAUAAUUUACUGGAUAACAUCGAUUCGAAUAUCAUCAAUGAAACCAAGAACUUGUUGAGUAGACUGGAUUUGUCCUGCAAUCGGAUAAAAACUUUGGAGAACUUCAACGCCUCCAACUUCCCCAGGUUGAAGUUAAUGAACGUAUCGAACAACGAAUUGGAGUUUUUGCCGGAGGAUUUGCUGCAGAAAUUGGCCCGGAACGAGGAGUUUUACCUAAUCGUUGACAACAAUCCUUGGAACUGCAGCAAUGUUAACUGGGGCAAAAGCUUCGAUGCCGGGGGCGGUUUAUGGCGGGAUAUAUUUUGCAACCAGUCUUACAAUAAAAAUAGGAGAAAAAAUACUCGGGAGGACGAGGUGCCUUUUACGGAGACGUCUAUGAGCAAGGAGAAUAACAGUGAAAUACUGGAUGGUGACAAUUAUUGUAUAUAUUCGUGUUCGUAUACCAGCAGGUGCUUCUCUUAUUGCACAUUGUGGUUCGUCGGCGGGAUUUGGAUAGGAGUCAUUUUGGGAAAUGUCUGCAAAAUCAGGAAACUGAUGUGCAAACCGGAUCCUGUCGCGAGGACGCAGCAGGAACAGCACACCCAAUGCGAACCGGAAUCUGUGGAACUCAAGCAUUUAGAAAGAAAGCACUAAUGUAACU